AUGGGAUCAUGGCUGUAUUCCAAAGCAGCCCCAGCAAGCGCGUCAACACAGUCUCUUGAUGCUGUGACUGAAUCUCAAGAUCCUGCUGCAUAUAUUAUGGAUGAUGAUGUCGACUCAGCAGAAAGGGACUUGGAGAAGGGUGAUUCAUCAUAUCACAAGCUAGGAAAAGGCAUUGUUACUUUUGUUAGAGCUACACUGGGUUUAGAGCAGGAUAUUAUGCGUCAAGCUGCAUCUAGGCUUGUAGACGCAGAAACAAGUGCCUAUAAUGACCAGAACAAGGCUCAGCAUAAUGCAAACGCUGUUAAUGCAUAUCACUCCCACAUAUAUGCUCCUGGGACAGAGUACUUGUUAUGUCAAUGCAUGGCACAACUCAUGGCUGCCCUUGUUGGUGUACUCAGUGAGAGCUUUUCAGAAAGCAUAAAGGCAUUCUAUAAGCUUAGAAAGGCAUAUAUUGCACUUGACAGCAUUGCUCAGAUGGAGGAGAACUAUUUGAAAGAACAUAACCUGAGACGCGGAGCCGAUUCACGCCACGGCUCUGCCGAUGGCAGCCCUGUACCAGGUAAAACUUCAAAAUCCACAACCCACACUGUAGAUGCUUCAUUGCGAGGAGCCAAGCUUGACGGCAAAGUCUCCCUCCCAAAGUCAAUGUCAACUACAACCCUAGAAGAUAUUUCUAAUGGGAGUCUCGAGAGCCCUCAGAGACGACUCUCUCGACUUACUCUAGGAAGCGAGAACGAUGUUUCCAAAGGAGCCGAAAGGCCCCAGGCCAAACUUGACACGGAUGAGGACCCUGAUCUCUUCUCUCACCCUGUAGACCAUUUCAUCCAUUCGGGAACCAGCCUUUGCUUUGGCCUCCUCCUCCUGUUUAUCUCAAUGGUACCUCCCGCACUCAACAAGAUCUUGUACAUCAUUGGCUUCCGUGGUGACCGAUCUCGAGGUCUACGGCUGCUCUGGCAGGCAAGUCGGUCCCCUACCCUGACAGGAGCAAUUGCUGCACUCACUUUGUUAGCCUUUUACAACAGCUUUGUGCGUGCUGCCGACAUUCUGCCGGAUCCAGUUGAUGGUAGUGUGGAAGAUAUCGAAGGUUAUCCGAUGCAUCGACUUGAGAACUUAUUAGCUGAUAUGCGAGGCCGUUUCCCCCACAGUCAGCUCUGGGUCCUUGAAGAGUCGAGAAUGCGAGGGGCCAAUAGGGAAGUGGAAGAGGCAAUGAGGCUAAUUCGUAAUGGUAAAAAGAGUCCUCUGAAGCAAGUACAAGCUCUCCAUGUUUUUGAGAGAAGUAUCGAUGCCAUGCACCUACAUCAAGCAUUGUAUUUCUACAUUGCCGGUGCUGCACAGGUAGAACUGUACCGCAGACACUUGAAGGAAUCACCAGAAGAGGCGCAAGUACAUGCUAAAAAGGCAGAGGACCUAUUUCAGAAAGCACCCUCCCAAGCAGGGAAGAAGAAGUUCCUUGCUCGUCAGCUUCCAUUCGACGUAUUUGUGACCCGCAAGAUUGCAAAAUGGGAAGCUCGUGCGAAAGAGAGGAACGUGCCCUUCAUCGAUGCAAUCGGUGUGUCACCUAUCGAAGAAAUGAACUUCUUCUGGAAUGGACACAGCCGCAUGCCUGACGAUCAGCUGGAGGUUGCACUCCAGAAUCUAGCGUGGUCAGAGAAUAACGAGACGUGGUCGUCUGAGCCUCUCGAUGAACACGCUGUUCUAGCCCUUCUUCGAGCUUCCUUAUUACGAGCUCAGAGGAAGCAUAGCGAGGCAAAGAAUAUCCUAAAGUCUGAAAUCCUAUGCCAUGAUAGGAGUCUCUUCAAGGGAUCGAACAAGGAUGACUGGACAUGCCCGUCCGCACAUUAUGAGAUGGCUGCGAAUCUGUGGAUGGAACGUCACUGCUAUCGAUCUUUUGGUCGUGCCACAGCCUUGCCUGUAUCAAAAAAGGAUGAUCAGGUCAAGGACGAAGCAACACGCGCCGCCGAGGACGAACAGAAAGUACAGGAGUGCAAGGAAUGGCUGGAGAAGGUGUACAAGUGGGAAUCGUACGAAUUGGAUGCCCGAAUCGGACUGAAGGUCACCACCGCGCAGGAGACAAUCACCAAAUGGGAGGAGGCACAUGCCAAAUAG